UAUAUAUGCUACCGAGCUCCUCUUUUCAACUCCCCACUCCGACUUUUCCGCUCCACUAAUAUGGGAAGGCUUUUGUUUCUUACACUCAUCAGCCUCCUCGCCGUCGCUUUGGCGGCGGACAUGUUAAUAACACACGAAGCCGAGCAUCCUACGAAAGGGCCAAGCCGGACAGAAGUCGAAGUCAACGCUUUGUUUGAGUCUUGGUUGGUCAAAUACAAAAAGUCGUACAACGGCCUUAGGGGAGAGAGGGAGAAGAGGUUCGAGAUCUUUAAGGAUAACCUUAAAUACAUCGACGAGCAGAAUAGCCUGAGUGAUCGGCCCUAUAAACUCGGGCUGAACCAAUUCGCCGAUCUUACCAAUGAGGAGUACCGGUCAACCUACCUCGGCGCCAAGCCGGGAGCUCGCCGGCAAAUCGUUAAGAAGAAAAUAAAUCAGUAUUCUCAUAAGCUCGGCGCCAGCUUGCCGCAGUCUGUUGACUGGCGACAAAAUGGCGCCGUUACUGAAGUCAAAGAUCAAGGAAGCUGUGGGGUCUGCUGGGCUUUCUCAGCCAUUGCUGCAGUGGAAGGAAUAAACCAGAUCACAACUGGGAAGUUGAUCUCACUAUCCGAACAGGAGCUCUUAGAUUGCGAUAAUCCAGACAACCAAGGGUGCGAUGGUGGUUUCAAGGAAAAUGCCUACAAUUUCAUUAUUAAGAACGGUGGCAUUGAAACAGAGGCUGAUUAUCCCUACACUGGUCAUCAAGGAAGAUGUAAUCAAGCAACGAAAAAAGGGAAGGUGGUUACUAUUGAUGGGUAUGACUAUGUUCCGGCUAAAAAUGAGAAGGCACUACAGGAGGCAGUGGCCGCCCAGCCAGUUAGUAUUUCCAUAGAUGCUACCGGGCGGGACAUCCAACACUAUGAAUCGGGUAUAUUCACUGGAUCAUGUGGAGUAGAUCUUGAACAUGCUAUGACAGUAGUUGGAUACGGUCAAGAACAUGGAAUCGACUACUGGAUAGUAAAGAACUCGUGGGGCACACACUGGGGAGAAAAGGGAUACAUGAGAAUGCAACGGAAUAUUAAGGACCCUAACGGUUUGUGUGGUAUUGCGAUCGACCCUUCCUACCCAAUAAAGAAUGGCACAAAUCAGGAAAGCCUGGUCCAACUCCUCCAUCCCCCAUUGCAACGUUUAACACAUGUGAUGAAUGUGAUGAGUUCCCAUCUCAAAUGAAGUGAUUAGAUCUCAGUCCAUUUUAUUAUAUUUACAAUGAAAAUUACGUGACAAUAAAAAUAAUAGUGAUGUAACUUAACUCACUGCUCUAGUUUUAUAGUUUGAAACUUUAAAUGCAUAAUUCAGGGAAGAUCUUAAUUACUCAAUAUUUUCUCAAAUCUCUUAACGAU